AUGGAUCUCGACACAGCGACUAGGCCUUCAUUCCAGCAAUCUUCAGCCUGGGAUCUUGAGAAUGGCGAUUGUCUCUGUAUCACCCUCCCCAUAAUGUACGGUCCUUGCGGUCGCCUAGACUCAUUUGUUUCUUCCUUCGGACCCGCGAAGGUGUCGGCUCACGAAACUGGCAAAUUCGUUCACAGCCGACAUUUGCAUACCUGCUUCACUUGGCGUCUUCACCCUUCACACCUACCACUGCCCACCGACUGGUCUCUCGACCGAUUCAAGUCUGAGAACCGGCCCUCUCAGCCUCCCCUUCAGAGUAUCAGCCUCACACCCGUUUCCAAGCAAGCAGCUCAACUAAACAAUUCCGAGUCGUCAACUAAGACUUAUGUGAUGCUUAUCUUUACAAUCGCCAUAGAGCCUCUGUCAUCACUACUCUGA